AUUUUGAACUCAUUUUUAUAAAAAAUAUAUUUCUUGAAUGCUAUUCGUCUUAAUUUUCUAUAUUCGAUUUAUUGUCAUAUGUAUAUUUGUACAGACUAUAACGGCUAUUUUGGAUCAAGUCUACACCCCAGAUAAUUGUAACAUAACUUUGACAAGUGUAGAAGGUAAUUUGAAGAGGAUCCAAAUACUCGUCGAUACCUCCAAUAACGCACAUUUAUCUUUUGUUUGUUUAAUACUGUUGGAAGCAGAACCUGAUCAAAUCAUCCAUCUGUUCUUUAAAGAUGUCGAAUUUAGGAGAGCUGGAAAAUCGUGCGACUAUGAAUUCCUUUCUAUAAAAGAUUAUAAGCGUACUAGACAUAACGAUGGCACAACUAAUAAUUACCAUAUGAAUACUACAAGGAUAGGGGGAAAUGAGGAAGGAAAAUUUUGUUCGUUUAUAAAUGGGGGUAAAAUGUAUUACUAUUCAGAGUAUGACACCGUAAAAAUAACAUUAAAGAGAGAUCUCUUCGACAUCGAUAAAACGGCUGCUUCGUCAUCUUAUUUUAAAUUUCAAUUUAUCUACCGAUUUGUAAGCAAUAGCCGAGCCCAGGUUAGGCAUGGAAGUUACGAAUUUCCGAAAUUUCGGGGAAAACAUAUUCCUUACACUUAUUGCGAUAAAUUAUUUGUCGGUUGCGAACCAAGUCAAAAUUGUAGAGUUCAAUCUCCGGGGUGGCCUGGGACUUAUUUAAGGAACAUCACCUGCAAAUAUUACAUACUAGGUAAUCGGGACCCUUCAAAGUCAUCUCACCUUCUGAUAUCAGGUGGAAAUGGAAUCAAGUCCAAAAUUAUUUUGCCCAGACCUGAUUUAUAUUAUACUAAUUCUAGCAUUAUCCAAAGCCUUGAACGAAGAAGAUUUACGAAUUGUCGUUCUGAUCGAUUGGAAAUUUAUGAUGGCUUAACACCCAUAAUGUCGAACUUGAUUGUUGUUUUAUGCGGAAAUAUCAAAUUUCCAGACAUCAUAACUCGGACGACCGAUAUAUUAAUCGUGUUUAAAAGUGCGUUUGAAGAAAAAUUUGGAUAUACCGGGUUUGAACUGAUCGUUCAAACUAUAAAAUAUAACCCAGCUAUUGGUUCGCUUCUACCGGUGCCGUCUAUUAAUGAUUGUUAUUUCGUUAUAGAUGCCUCUAAAACGGAAAGCGGUAAGUUUUCGAGUUUAAGACAUUGGGUGAAACCUCGAAUGGCUUGUAUUUUAAAAUUUGAAGGUGUUAAAGAUAAACACAGAGUACUUUUACUAUUUAAUAUUUUUAUCAUGAAACUAGACAUUUAUAAGACCUUAGAUGGAAAUUCAACUACUUUAUCGAGUAGUAAUAGUAAUUUUUGUGAUAGAAAAGUGAUUUUAUACAUGCAAAACAUUCCAUUCAACUUGACCCGUGAUUCAGCAUUCAACUCAGAUAAGGCCAUAUUAAUUUGUCCAGGGGAAAUCCCAGAUAAUCAUGUUACACGAAAUAAUGUAGAUUCUAUCGAAAAUUCAGCCAUCCUCUUUAGUUAUUUAUCCGAAAAACAAGAUUCCUACAUAUAUUAUUCUGAUAGCCAUGGGGAUUUUGACGGCAUGAAUAUAAAUUUUGUAGGAUCUUUUAUAUUUGUUGACGUUUCGGACCCAAUUGGUAGUCGACGCAAACAAGGAACCGUUUGCGAAUUUAUUAUCGAUCAACAAAACACACACCAUGGUAAACAUAAUGUAUCAUUGUUUAAUGUACCACUAAUUAGUCCCAGGAACGAGUUGUUAUAUGGGUUGGGUUUUAACAACGAUCUAAGGUGUCGGUAUGUAUUGCGAGCGAAUCCCGGAUAUCAAGUAGCAUUAAUUUUAAAAAGUUUCAAAUUUGAUAAAAACGGAUCUAGUACACAAUGCACAAGUUAUUUCAAUAGAACAUCCAUGACUUAUCAAUGCCUGCUCCAAAAUCCUUCAAGAUAUUUUAAAAUAUUUUCUGAAGAAGGAAGGGAGCUAGGGUGUUUUUGUGAUAAUGUAGAGUAUAGGGAUAUCGGGUUACGCCUUUUUCGUAGAUUGCCAGUAUUUAAUCUAAUAUUUGUUAUCAAUAACAUCGAAUAUUGGGAGGGAAAAAGCUCGAUAGGAUUUCUACUCGAAUACAGUUUUUUAAAGUCUACUUUUUGCCCACCGUUUACAUUUUUCGCACAAAAAACGAAUGGAAAUCGGGGACAGUUUCAUUUUCCCUUAAAUCAGACAAACAAUUAUAAUAACUCGUCCUACAAUUCCACUCAUUACGACACAACCGGUAAUAACGAUUUUACGGAAUUCAAUCAAUUUCAAACUAAUACUUUAUCGUGCCAUUGGAUAAUUGUAGUAAACGAUCCUAAAUAUUAUGUCUACUUGAAAUUAAUCAGAUUGGAUCUGUUGGAAGAUUGCGGGAAGGAAAGUUUAUUAAUUUAUUCAUUAGGGUCGCCGUUUCCCUUUAAACGUAUUUGUCAUGAUAACAAUAGGAAGACUUUGUUGGACCUUUUUUCACUUGGUUGGUACAGUUGGUCUUCUCAUCAAUCCUCAAAUUUUAUUUCCAAACAUAAACUUGUCGAUAAUAAUGAAACAGCACGAAAAGCUCCACAAAUUAUAGUCGAAAAAAACUCAAUUGUGGUUGAAAUGAUUAUCGAUCGGACUAACAUAUUGAAUGCAAAAAAUGAAUACAGUUAUAAAAUACUGGCCAAUUGGAUAUUGAUAAAGAAACCUCAACCCAUAAAAGUUUGGAAUGAAAAAUAUUACGAAAAAAUAUAUAAAAAGCCACAGUCUAAAACAAAUAAGGAUUCUAGUGACGAUUCAUCGUGCGGAUUUAAAUGUCCGGGAGCUUGUAUCGAUAAAGAUUUCGUGUGCGAUGGAUUUGCCGAUUGCCCUGGUUAUCUUAAUAUUAGCAACUCGCCGGAAGAACGAACAUGCGCAAACAGAGUUUAUAAUAAAAUGCUAUGAUUUUACUAUAAAUAUAUCAAAUAUUGGAUAAUAAAAAAUUUGUUUUACUGGAAA